AUGCGGUCAUUAUUCCUUUUGGUUUCGUUUGUUGUACCCUUGGGGCAUGGAUUUUUUGGGAUUUUUAAUUUUCAAAAAGAGGAAAAGCCAGUGGAUUGUAAGUUUCCAAAAUUCGAAAUUUUUGGUUCUCUAGUGUAACAUAGAAAAAGCAUUUUGUUUCAAAAAAAAUAAUUUUGUUUAUCCAGACAUGGAAUUGAUGAAAGAAUACGAUGGGAAUGUGGAUCAUAAUGACAUGAAUCUGGCCGUCUUGGCAGGCAACCGAACCUGGAAAGAGAAUCGAGACACCACUUAUGCCAAGUUAUUCUACCAUGUCUACAAACAAAAGGACUCUGUUAAAGCUCCCUAUGAUCGAGAUGUUUAUUUGAAUUCAAUGAGGACUUUGAGGAAGAUUGCGCCGUUCCUGAGAGAGGUAGAACUGGACGGAACUGAUCUCUAUGACGUCACUGGACUUCAGGAAUUUGAGGUAAAAUACUUGUGGGGGAGAUAAAAAAUCUUUUUUAAUGGUUUAUGGCCAACACUCUUAUUAACUCUUUUUUAAUUCAAAAAAAGUUACUCAAGUUUUUUAGAUUCUCCGAGCAAUCCGUCAAAACUACACCGACAUUCUCCGCGAAGUCUAUACUAUCGUAUAUGCCGCGCAAACGGCCGGAUACAUAGUCCACAAGGCGAGGGGCUCUUUCUUUUUCAAGACCAAUGAUUGCACUUCUUUUAAUUCCACUCGAUUAUGCCGAGAUCACGUUGGAAUUCUGGCUCAAGCCCUCGGGGGAUUGAAUGCGUCGAUCUCACAGAAUGGUGCCAUAAUCAGACACAAGGUUUACAACGUUCCCUUCGAAUACGAAACCUCGUAUAUUUACAAUCUAGUGUAA